CUUCUGUCUCACCAAGUACAAUUUAUCUCAAUACUAUAUCUUAUGACUCCUUACCAAAAUGACAAAAUUUUGGGUGACGAUUUAGAACAUACUGUUAUUCGUACAGAGCCAGAUGAAUCCACGGCUGCUAAAAUCUUGUCUCAAGAUGAAAUUGCUUACUUUUUGAGCGAAAUUACUCAUUCAGAAUUAAGUCGUUUUCCUGAUUUGCUAACCAAUAAAAGCUUAACUCCCGCUCCUAUCCCGCCACAAUCACCAAGAAAGCUCAAUCCUUUACAAUUAGACAAUUUAAGUUAUUCCCCAAGUCUUGCUUCAGCCAGUUCCAAAAAGACAAGCUAUAGUUCCUUUGCUCCUACUCCCAAUGCAUCAUAUGCAUACAAUAGUAUUAGUCCAGUCCCAAUGGUACCCGCAGAGAGUUUAAUGACUAAUUCUCUGCAAUAUUUGGAUGAUCCAAAAGAACUUGAUAUUGAAUCUCUAUUGCAAAUGAUAGAACAAGAUGAGCCGGUUGUAUCAACUUCCACGGUGAAAUCAACGAUCCCAGAAAUCGAAGAGGAAACUUUGGAAGAUUUUCCUCAAGUUAACCUUGAUGAUGACUCCAUAUUAACAAGAACUGUUUCCAUUGGUUCUGCUAAUCUUGAUUUUGGUAACUAUUCUGACCUUGACCAAUUAUUACAAAUUAAAUCAGAUCCCACCAGUGCUUUGAUGUCCAGAGUUACAUCAUAUGAUUAUACUGGUACUUCAUACGGAUCAUUUUCAACGUCACCCAUGCCAAAGGUUGCAAGGAGGGUAAGCUGUCCAACUGCCUUACGGCCUUCAAUAAUUACACACGAAUACUCGUCACCAACUCCACCAGUUUAUAUGAGUAACGAUAGAAUAUUAUCAAUGACGUUACCCAAGAAAACUACACCCAGGAUUACUAAGCGUCAUUCAGAAGUAUUUAUAUGCCCCGUUUGUGGUAAUACCUUAUCCCGUGCUGCUAACUUGAAACAACAUUGUCUUCUGGUUCAUGGAGAAGAAAGACCAUAUCCAUGUAGGUACCCUGAUUGUGACUGGAGAUUUUCAAGACCAAAUGAUAGAACUCGUCAUGAAAAUCAACAUAGUGGGGUCAAGAAGUUUAUUUGUCAUGGUGUUUUACCUAAUGGGAAAAUCUUUGGAUGUGGUAAAGGAUUCAAAAGGUCUGAUGGACUUGGACGUCAUUUCAGAACUGAAACCGGUAAGAAAUGUAUUCAGCCGCUUGUUGAAUUUCAAGAACUGAAUAGAAGGAACAGAUUUGAUAGACCAGAUGAUCUGGAUAUUUUUUGAUUAGGAUAUUUACUUUAUUAGUGUUCAUAUCGUUUAUUAUUAUUUAUUAUUACUAUAUUAUAUAGGUUAGGAUCAAUUUAUAGAAAUAUAAACUUGGAACGCAGUCUGUUUGGCAUGGAAAUAACUACUCUCGGUAAAUGAAUAUUGCUUACUGAGCACUGAUGACGUUGGUGUCUUCUUUUUGUACAAUGAGCCAUUUCUUUUCUUAAAAGGUAACAGGAACCCUUCUAUAUUCUGUUUCGAGUAAAAUAAUUUCUUAUCAAAAUACCAAAAUUAUGGUAAUAUCUUGAUGAUUCAGCCCCGAUGUAUGACCUGAAUCAUAAAAUAUAUAACUACAAAACAAUAUACGUUGUUCCAAAAGAUUUCAAAUCUUAUCGUAUUAUCAUCAAUCAAUUAAAAGUGGACAUUGUUUAUAUGGUUACUUAUUAUGUAAGUAAAUGGUCCAGGUGCAAUUUAAUCCUUGGUUAUGCUUGAGCAUUAAUCGGAGUCUGUUUGAACAUGAGC